AUGCAUAAUGUCCCAGUCAACCAGUCCGAUGUAUUAGUUGAUCUCACUAAUACACAGAGCUUAACCGAACAGCAACAAGCAAGAACUAAAAGAGCAAAUAUUCUGCGUCAGAAAAGAAAGUCUGUCGAACCUAAUUCUCCUAAUGUUCAGAAACCAUUUGAUCGGACAGGGCAAAGUCAGAAGUUGUCACAACGAAGAGGUCAUAUACAAGCCACAUUUCCAAGUCAAAACAGUUCAAUUACUAUUGAAAACCUUCCUGGAGAUGUACAUAAUAAGAGGUUGAAAAGAAAUUUUCUGACAGUAAAGAAUAAGACCAGUUCAUCUAACUCAACACAGACGUUAAACAACGGAUCCCAUUUGAUUGAUCAAGUGUCUCUGAUAUCAUCUCCUAGAGUCACUCAACCUAUACUAUCAAACCAAAGCAUUAAUAAUUGCAAAACGUCAAGCACUCAAGGAUCUGUAAUAGACUUGGAUGACUCUGAUACUUCAGGUGAUGAUUUUUGGGAUUGCUCGAGCAAUGAUGGAGAUGGAGAUGAUGAUGAUGGAGCAUCUACUGACUCUGAUGGUGAUCUUGAACAUAAUAAAUUCAAGUAUGCAUGCAUGGAAAAAAUUUCUAAACGCUUUUCAGCAGUCUUUGGUGGUUCGUUGAAUCUAAAAACAAAGGCAGUGACCAGAGAGGUUUCAUCUAAUAUAGCUGACGAAGAUUACAAAGACGAUGGUGAUUUGACGAAUGAAUGUCCUAUAUGUGGUGCUCUAUUUUGCGUGAAGCCAGAGCCAAACAAAUCAGCCAAGUUUUCGCAGUUGUACAUUCAUGAUACUGAAAACGAGGUGGAAAACCGUCUGUCUGCAUUGAGUGGGUCUGCUGAGAGAAGCAAAAUAAGAUCUGAUUUAGUUGAGGGAAUUAUGGAAAUGCUCAGAGAAUCUAAUGUGCACGUGAAGACUUUCCGGAAUUAUAUGGACAGAUUCAACAAUGAGGAAGAAUGUGCAGAUUUAUCCUUGAAACUAAUUAACAACCGACAGAAAGAUGGGCGGAUUUACAAUCUCCCAACAUCUUCUGAAGUCGCUGCUUUGGUCGUUGGUGAUUUUCAAAAUAAUAUGGACAAAAGGGAUAUUAUAUUGGAAAAGAAUUCUGGGAAGCUUAGACGGAUCAACGAACUGCAUCCUUGCUAUCUACCUCUCCAAUACCCACUCAUUUUCCCAUAUGGAGAGGAUGGAUUCCGGCUGGGAAUCCAGAAUGGUUAUACUGGGCUCAAGAAGAACAAGAAACCAAACAUUAGCAUGCGGGAGUUCUUUGCAUAUCGGAUUCAAAUUCGUAAUGUUGGUUCUCAAGUCCUUCUCCUUUCAAGGCGUUUGCUACAACAAUUUCUCGUGGAUGGUUACACAAUGAUUGAAACCCAUAGACUACGGUACAUCAGGAAAAAUCAAUCUAAUCUAAGGUCUUUGAACUUCAGUAAGUUUGUUGCUGCUGCGAAUGAUGGGAAUUCGAAUCUUCCUAUUGAAGGCAAUCGGAUUAUCAUACCCUCUUCAUUCACUGGUGGACCAAGGUAUAUGCAUAAAAUGUAUUUGGAUGCAAUGUCUGUUUGCAAAUACUAUGGGUUUCCGGAUCUAUUUAUCACAUUCACAUGUAAUCCUAAAUGGCCAGAGCUGACUCGGUACUUUCAGAAAUAUAAUCUCCGAUCUGAGGACAGACCAGAUUUGUGUUGCAGAUUAUUUAAGAUCAAACUUGAUAGGCUGAUGGAUGAUCUUACGAAGAAACAUUUGCUUGGGAAAACGGUUUCAGACAAACUACCAACUGCCGAAGAUAUUGAUCGCAUCAUAUCUGCUGAAAUUCCGGACCAAAAGGAAGAGCCUAAGUUGUAUGAGAUUGUCAAGGACACAAUGAUUCAUGGCCCGUGUGGUAUUGUUAACAAGGAUUCUCCAUGUAUGCAAGAUGGGCGAUGUACAAAGUUCUUCCCUAGAAAGAAUGUUGAAAAAACUACUGUUGAUGCUGAGGGUUAUCCAGUUUACCGGAGGAGAGAAAAUGAGAAUUAUGUGGAGAAAAAAGGUAUUAAAUGUGAUAACAGGUUUGUUGUUCCCUACAACAAGAAGUUACUACUUGGGUAUAAUGCCCAUAUUAAUGUUGAGUGGUGUAAUCAGUCUCGAUCUAUCAAGUACUUAUUUAAGUAUAUUAACAAAGGUCAAGAUUGCGUUACAGCUACUGUUACGCAGAAAAAAAGUGGGACUCAAGAUGGGACAGAGACGAGCUCGAGUAAUGCUUUGUCAGGAGAAGGUGGCAAUAAUCCGACAGAAAAUGAGGAGGAUCCAGUUGAUGAAAUUAAAAAAUAUUUUGAUGCAAGAUAUAUAUCUGCAUGCGAGUCAACAUGGCGAAUAUUUGGUUUUCCAACCCGUUACGGAUCCACUCCAGUAGAGAAGCUUACAUUUCAUCUAGAAGGAGAUCAACCAGUAAUAUUCAGGAAGGGUGAUUCCGUGAGAAGUGUUAUUGAUCGGGUGAAACAGUCUAAGACGAUGUUUUUAGCAUGGUUUGAUUGCUGUCGAAAAUAUCCAGAAGCAAGACUACUAACAUAUGCUGAACUUCCAACUCUUUUCAUAUAUGAUGCAAAAGCGUUCGAAUGGAAAAGAAGGAAGAAGGGAUUUGCUAUUGGAAGGUUGGCCCAUGUUUCACCAAGUGCUGGAGAGCUCUAUUUUCUAAGGAUAUUGAUUAAUAAAGUGAGAGGGCCUCAGUCAUAUGAUGAUUUGAAAACUGUGAACGGUGUUGUGCUUGCGAGUUUUGAAGAUGCAUGUAAUAAACUCGGUUUAUUGGACAACGACCAGGAGUAUAUUGAUGCGAUUAAAGAGUGUAGUUUCUGGGCAUCGGGAGGAUAUGUUAGAAAAUUAUUUGCGCAGAUGCUGUUAUCGGAAAGCUUAUCUACGCCGAAGUUAGUAUGGGACUCUACAAAAGAAAUUUUGUCUGAAGACAUACUUUAUCUUGAGCGCAAGAAGAGAAAAUACCCAGGGCUUAUCUUGAGUGAAGAAGAGAUUUACAAUGCAACCUUGGUACUAAUAGAGAACAUUUUGCGGAGUAAACAUAGUAGUCUUGACAAAUGGAAGACAAUGCCAAAGCCCAUUUUUGAUUCUCAUUCUCCACAAGUCAAUCAGCUACUACAAGAUGAGCUAAACUACCCAAAGGAUGAAUUGCGUGUGAAACAUGAUGAAUGGUUUCGCCAGCUAACAGAUGAGCAAAGGUCAGUGUAUGAUGAGAUAAUGGGAUGUGUUACAGCUAAAAGGGGAGGAGUUUUUUUUGUUUACGGUUUUGGAGGAACAGGAAAAACCUUUUUGUGGAAUAUUCUUUCUGCUGCUAUCAGAUCAAGGGGUGAGGUUGUACUUAAUGUUGCUUCUAGCGGCAUAGCUGCUUUAUUACUACCAGGUGGACGAACUGCCCAUUCGAGGUUUAGCCUUCCCAUUAAUCCUGAUGAGUUUUCUACUUGCAAGAUCCAACCAGGAAGUGAUCAGGCAGAAUUAAUUUCCAAGUCUUCUCUUAUUAUUUGGGACGAAGCUCCGAUGAUGAGCAAACACUGUUUUGAAGCUCUAGAUCGUAGUAUAUGCGAUAUUAUGGAGACUACAGACGAAACUCCUUUUGGUGGGAAAGUAGUUGUAUUUGGUGGUGAUUUCAGACAGAUACUACCAGUAAUUCCAAGGGGGAACCGGGCUGAUAUUGUAAUGGCUUCACUCAAGAUGUCAUAUUUGUGGAAGCAUUGCAAGGUUCUGCAACUAACUCGGAAUAUGAGACUUUUUUCAGAGCUUGAUAGUUGUGAAGCUAAUGAGAUCAAAGAUUUUUCUAAAUGGAUACUGGAUUUAGGAGAUGGGAAGAUUAAUGAGCCAAAUAGUGGAGAAACUAUGAUUGACAUUCCUAAAGAUCUUCUAAUUACGGAGUGUGUUGAUCCAAUUGAGGCUAUUGUUUCUGAAAUAUAUGGAGACACUUUCAAAGAUUCCAAAGACCCUGUUUUUUUUCAAGAACGAGCUAUUUUGAGUCCUACCAAUGAUAAUGUUGAAGUUAUUAACAACUAUAUGUUGGAUCGGCUAACAGGUGAAGAAAGAAUCUAUUUGAGUUCUGAUAGUAUUGAUCCAGCUGACACAAAGUCUAAAGAUGACUCGGUCUUUUCACCAGAAUUUCUCAACAGUAUCAAGAUUUCGGGACUACCAAAUCAUUCUCUGAGGUUGAGGAUUGGUACACCAGUUAUGUUACUUAGAAAUCUAGAUCCGGAAGAAGGUUUGUGUAAUGGAACUAGGCUUCAGAUAACGCAAAUGGGCAAUCAUCUUAUUGAAGCAAAAUUUAUCACUGGAAAUAGAGUUGGAGAGAAGGUCUUUCUGCACCGUAUCCUUAUCACACCAUCAGAUACAAAGCUUCCUUUCAAAAUGAGGCGCAGACAAUUUCCACUGAAAGUUGCUUUCGCGAUGACCAUCAAUAAAAGUCAGGGCCAAACUCUAGGGAAAGUUGGUUUGUUUUUACCAAGACCAGUUUUUUCACAUGGACAGUUGUAUGUUGCUGUUUCAAGGGUUAAAUCAAGGAAGGGUUUGAAGAUCCUAAUUACCGACAAGGAUGGAAAACCAGAAGAUACAACAAUGAAUGUUGUUUUCAAGGAAGUGUUCCAAAAUUUGUUGGAUAAUGGAGAUGACAUAUAG